GGGGUUGGCAGCGGCUAGGGUGUCAGCUCCUCAUCGACAGGGUCUCUGAUCGGCCUCGGUCCUGGGGGCCUCCUGCCGCCUCCCGUCCGUGCCAGGGGCCGCCCCACCGCGAGGCGAUGGCGGCCGUGGACCUGGAGGCGUACAAAGACCUUGACCGGGCCAUCGAGCAGCUGCUGCAAUGCAAGCCGCUGGGCGAGGGGGAAGUCAAGGAGCUCUGCGUCAAGGCCCAGAACGUGUUCGUGAAUGAGAACAACGUGCAGCCCGUGGCGGCGCCCGUCACGGUGUGCGGAGACAUCCACGGCCAGUUCCAAGACCUGCUGGAGCUGUUUAGGAUUGGAGGAAACUGCCCAGACUCAAACUAUCUGUUCAUGGGAGACUAUGUGGAUAGAGGCUACCACUCAGUGGAGACGGUGACGCUGCUGGUGGCUCUCAAAGUGCGCUACCCGCAGCGAAUAACCAUCCUGCGCGGCAACCACGAGAGCCGGCAAAUCACGCAAGUGUACGGCUUCUACGACGAGUGCCUGCGCAAGUACGGCAACGCCAACGUGUGGAAGUACUUCACAGACCUCUUUGACUACCUGCCCCUCACCGCGCACAUCGAGAACCAGAUCUUCUGCUUGCACGGCGGCCUGUCGCCCACGCUAGACACGCUAGACCACAUCCGCGCGCUGGAUCGCGUGCAGGAGGUGCCGCACGAGGGCCCUAUGUGCGACCUGCUGUGGUCCGACCCAGACGACCGCUGCGGCUGGGGCAUCUCGCCGCGCGGCGCAGGCUACACCUUUGGCCAGGACAUCAGCGAGCAGUUCAACCACACCAACGGGCUCACGCUUGUCUCGCGCGCGCACCAGCUGGUCAUGGAAGGCUACAACUGGUGCCACGAGCAGAACGUUGUGACCAUCUUCAGUGCGCCAAACUACUGCUACAGGUGCGGCAACAUGGCGGCUAUCAUGGAGGUGGAUGAACACAUGAACAAGUCCUUCUCGCAGUUCGACCCAGCGCCGCGCAGAGGGGAGCCGGAGGUGACACGCCGCACCCCAGACUACUUCCUCUGAGGGCGCCAGCGGCGCCCGCCGCCGCCUAGCAGCAGGAGCAGCAGCAGCUGCGGCAGCAGCAGCCAAUUUGUCGCUGGGGAAGCAGUGCCAGCGCCAGCGCCAGCACCAGAAGCCCAUUGUGUGCACAGCAGCAGUGGGCUGUGGCGCAGGUGCCAGCGGGACACAGGCGGCCAGUGGCGGGAAGCAAAAGGCCCCCCCGGCCCGGGGCGCCCUCCGCCUCCGCCCCGCAUUUUUCUCGUCACCCAUCCAGCACCUCCUGUUGUUGGUGUUUCCGGCAUUGCACUCACUCACACCCACCCCGCAUCCCUAAUCCCUUCUUUUGCUACAUAGCGCAGCACACAGCGCCCUCUUCCUUUGCUCCUCUGUUUGUGACUGCCUCUCCAGCUCAAAUGCACAGCUGAUGUGAACUUGCGCACGCCACCACACUGUAUGCAACUAACACAGC